CCAUAUGUUUUUUAUUAUACUACAUUUAUUAAUCAUAUCUCAAACACUCCUCCAACUGUUUUAACUGAAAUGGAUAUUGAUAAAUCUCAAAGCAUUUCUACUAUUUCUUCAACUAUUGCCAAAAGUAUUAGCACUAAUAUUUAUGACAAGAGUUGUUCUUUAAUUACUCCUAUUAUCAACAAGUCUGAAAAAAUAUAUAACCCGCAUCAUAAGGUAUUAUUUAAUGAGUAUACAAUUGAAGAAUUUUUCUUAGACGAAUUUAAUGAUCCAAAGAAAAUAAAAAUUGAAAAAUAUCAAGAUAAACUGAGUAAAAAUAUAUCUGACGAAAAGGAAUAA